AUGGAAUAUCUCUACAGGGGCACAGAGGAACACCCCCAGCAACCAUCACUCCCGCGCUCCAACGCCACACCGUGCCAGCCAAUGGUGCCGAAAGGGGCACAGAGGAACACCCCCAGCAACCAUCACUCCCGCGCUCCAACGCCACACCAUGCCAGCCAAUGGUGCCGAAAGGCUAACCGACGAAUAGAAAACCCUUGUGCAGCCACGCCACCACACGAACAAAAGUGUGCGCCCCCAUGGAAAACACGAAACUCCCGCGGUGACCUCAAACUUACGAAUGGGGCACAGAGGAACACCCCCAGCAACCAUCACUCCCGCGCUCCAACGCCACACCGUGCCAGCCAAUGGUGCCGAAAGGCUAACCGACGAAUAGAAAACCCUUGUGCAGCCACGCCACCACACGAACAAAAGUGUGCGCCCCCAUGGAAAACACGAAACUCCCGCGGUGACCUCAAACUUACGAAUGGGGCACAGAGGAACACCCCCAGCAACCAUCACUCCCGCGCUCCAACGCCACACCGUGCCAGCCAAUGGUGCCGAAAGGCUAACCGACGAAUAGAAAACCCUUGUGCAGCCACGCCACCACACGAACAAAAGUGUGCGCCCCCAUGGAAAACACGAAACUCCCGCGGUGACCUCAAACUUACGAAUGGGGCACAGAGGAACACCCCCAGCAACCAUCACUCCCGCGCUCCAACGCCACACCGUGCCAGCCAAUGGUGCCGAAAGGCUAACCGACGAAUAGAAAACCCUUGUGCAGCCACGCCACCACACGAACAAAAGUGUGCGCCCCCAUGGAAAACACGAAACUCCCGCGGUGACCUCAAACUUACGAAUGGUGGUGUAUAUAAUAUACAUCAUAGCCACAAACCAACAGGAAGAUGAAGUCAUGUUGUUUUUCAUGUUUAUAAUAUGUAACUGUUAAAUACAAUGCAGUGACU